AUGGCAUCAUUACGCCCAUGUCUUAGUUUAGUACCAAAAACAGUCGGUCGUCGACAAUUUAGUUUAAGUUCACGUAAACGCUUACAAGAUAAUUGGGAUCAAGAAGCUUUACCAGGCUCUAAUGUACCAUUUAAUGCAAACAGUAAAUGGGGUUUAGCAACGACGUUAAUUCUUUAUGUAUCAACUGCUGUUGCUGUUCCAUUCUUUGCUAUGCGUUGGCAAUUGCUUAAAAAACGUGCUGGUUAA